UCUUGACUUCGGCUGGUAGCACCAACGACUGUACUGAAGAAAGAAAAACCACAUAUAGACUAUAGCCCUGCUCAACGCCAAGGGAAUAGGUCGAGAAACGAGCCAAAGACCUUGGAAGUGAGAGACAACGGAAUCCACCAGGCAACGAACACGGAACACCUCGGACCAUGGGUCUUAUCGGCAUCUCUCCACUGAUCUCUCCCGAUCUGCUGGUUACCCUGGCACGUAUGGGACACGGCGACUCCAUCUGCUUCGCCGACGCAAACUUUCCCUCGGAGAACCUGACAUCUCCCGGGAAGCCGGGGCCGAUUACGGUCCGUGCUGACGGUCACGAGGUCGCUCCUCUUCUACGUGCCGUUUCGAAGCUGUUCCCGCUAGACACGUAUACGGAGUUUCCCGUGCAAAUGAUGGCGGCGGUGCCAGGAGACGAGCUCGACGCGUCAAUAGAGGAGAGAUUUAGCACCGCCGUCGAGGCGGAGCAGCCCGGCAUGUUCAAGGUCGAGCGCGUGGAGCGCUUCGCCUUUUACGAGCGCGCGCGUUCGUGCUACGCCGUCGUGUCCACCGGGGAGACAGCCAAGUACGGCAACAUAAUCCUCGUCAAAGGAGUACUGGGCGUUAGCGAUGAGAGCGCAGGGAGCGGUCCGGCCAUCUUCACCCUCUAGCCGUUCUCUCUGAUCCCUCCAUAAAAAGGCCUCCGCGCUUU